AUGAAUACUCCUUCAGCAAAUAUCCUGUUCAAAUGGAAGUAUUAUCCACACAACACUACUGUAAACAGGAGGGUACUUCUUGUAUUAACGUACUCUAUCAAAGAAUCGUACUCCAAGGGUAAUUUUACUCAUAAAGGCAAAACACUUGAGACAUCAUGCUUCCGUCUGUAUAAUAGCACUCCAGGUGAUCCAUAUAGAUCCACUAUUAAUACUUUCAUAGAACAGUACUAUGGGGACUUCUGGACUCCUCAGCAUUGUGCAUCUACAGGCAUCAGUAGGUUCUUGACAAUAGUUAUACUGGAAUAUGUAUGGACUUCACAGGAAACUGCUAUUCAUAUAAUGAAAGCAUAA